UGGUCUAGCAUUUCCUGACUGAGAAGGGAAAUGAUUGCACAGUAUACCCUGGAAAUUCAAAAAAAAUCUGGAUUGUAACUGAUAUAACACCUUUAGAUAUGACUAAUAUUGCAGUAUCUAGAAUACAGAGAGAAUUCAAGGAAAUUAUCAGUAGCGAAGAGGCGCUUCAAUGCAAGAUAAAAGUUGAACUGGUUGAUAAUUCUUGUACAAGACUACGCGGUGAAAUAGCUGGCCCUCCAGAUACACCAUUUGAAGGUGGAAAAUAUAUGCUUGAUAUUGUUAUUCCAGAAACAUAUCCUUUCAAUCCACCUAAGGUGAAAUUUACAACGAAAAUAUGGCACCCUAACAUUAGUUCUGUGACUGGAGCUAUUUGUCUGGAUAUUUUAAAAGAUCAGUGGGCAGCAGCAAUGACUUUAAGAACAGUUCUUUUAUCUAUCCAGGCAUUAUUGGCAUCCCCAGAACCUAACGACCCUCAAGAUGCUGUAGUCGCAAAACAGUUUAAAGAAAAUAUAAAGGCCUAUAACAUUACAGCAAGACACUGGGCACACACAUAUGCUGGAGCCGAUUCACCAGUUCAAGAAUGUGAUCGAAAGAUUAAACAACUCAUGGAAAUGGGUUUUCAAGAGAGCCAAAGCAGAGUUGCACUGUCUACAUAUUCCUGGAAUGUAGAAAGGGCAGUGGAGUCUCUAUUUAAUAGUAACAGUACUUAACAGUACUAGUAUGAAUACUUUACUAAUAGAUUUGCAUUUCACUCUUAUUGACUGGGACCCAGGAAAUUAGUGUAUCUUGUGGUCUCAAGACAAGUUCUCUGUCAAUAAGGUGUUUUGUUAUGCACCAACGGCACCAGCACACCAAUUGUCAAAAAACACAAAAACCAUUAUGGGAUUUUUUAAAAACUUAGUUUUCAGUGAAAUGACUUUUGGUUAUCAAUUACGUGGCACCCUCUUGGCCAAUGAAAAGAGAGAAAAAUGAUGUUUUACACUUUGUAUCUAGCAAUAUAGCCUUUUUUCUCAAGUUUGCGUGCCCCUCCCAAUUUAAGAAACUUGAUGGGCCAUGAUACCAGAACAGGAGCUUUAUGAGGAUUAUCAUUUGACGAUUUUUUUGAUAAGAAUUCAUAAAAUGAAAUAUUCUCCUCUUUAAAACUGGCUUCUCAAUUUCACUGAAUUUGUGUUUUUCAGUUUAAUGUGGCCCAUCAAGAUUGUAUGUGUAUGCAACCUUGAGAAAACAGUCUAUUAGAUUUAUCUCACAUUAAUUUUAUCCAGGAAAUGUGCUCAACUUAAAAAAACUAGGAUGAAGUUUUUUGAGCUAAUGAAAAAUUACAAAAUGUUCUGAUGAGUUAUUACCUUUUAUUAUUGGUAUCAUCUAGCCUUGUAAAGUAUUGAACACUGAUAAGAGUUUUUACAGGUGUGAAAAUCUUUGACAGUCACGUAUCACCACUGAUCAUGGGUGUCAGGAGACCUGUUGGGUUUACUAAAGUGGUUCUGAGUUAACUCUUGAAACAAAGCUUAUUUUCUAGAGUACAAUAGUAAUACUUACACCAACAUUUAUUUCACAGGUUUAUGAAAAUGACUCUAUCCCACGUAUCACUCAGGAGUGCUUGUUUACAUCAUAGCUGCCAUGUUGGUUGAUGAUAACAAAGCAAUCCUCAUUAGCUUUUCAUUUUAGAUCAACCAACAAGAAGGUUCUUUCAUUGUUAUUUAUAUCUCAAAGAAGGGAUUUAAAUCAAGUAGUUGCACUUUAAGAAUUCUACAGAUUUUGAUAGUAUUGCAAAAUAUUAACUAAGGUUGCUGAUAAAAUUCUAUUUCACAAAUAUCCCUGUCUUGAGGAAAACAGCUCUCGUAAUCACUAAAUCACUAAUGAAAUACACUGAAUAAAGUUGCUGAGUAUAACCAUAGUUAAUGGAGCAGAAUGGUUAGGAAACCUAUUGUUCUAUGUUUUUGUUCGUUUUUAUCCAUUGUUAUAUGACGUUGACAGUGCACAGUGAAGGAAAAGUUUCUCCAUUUGCUCACAGUAUUAGGGAAUGUAAAAGUUUUUUCCCCUUAAAAAUCGUUCUAAAUUAUCUAUUGUUUGUUAAUUAAUUCUAUAUGAUUAAUAUUAAUUGUUGAUUGAAAAUGAAAUUGCCCUUUUUAAUGCUUUUUUAUUUAUCAUCUAGUAACUUAACUGUAUCUGCGUGAAAAUAUUUAUCUGCAUAGUUUGUGGUCAUCAAAUGGAAGUUUUCACUUUCAAAAUGUUCAUAAAUGAAAAUAAUAAGGAAAUGAGCAUUUUCAGCCAUACUUGCUUUGGUCCAUUAUGCACGGUCAGUAUCACGUGAUGGUACAAUUCAACAUCAAAGGCAAAGCAAUAGCUUUGUUCUAUGGAGUUUCCAAACCAUUCCACUCCAUUAACUAUGGUAUAACUUUGCACUGUGUAGUGUUAUUAAAUAAAAUUUUUAUGAAUUGCUUCA